GCAGAAAAGUGUUUAAGCCAUUCUAGUGAAUUUAAUGUGAACAAAGCCCAUCCCAUGCUACCUAAGACAGUUGAAAUUUUCAAAUCUAUGGAGGCUUGGGCUAAAAACAAUGUCCUAACUCUCCUAAAACCUGUUGAGGAAUGUUGGCAACCACAAGAUUUUUUGCCAGACCCUACCUCAGAUGGAUUUGUUGAGCAAGUCAAUGAACUAAGGAAGAGAACAAGAGACAUUCCUGACGAGCACUUUGUUGCCUUAGUUGGUGAUAUGAUCAUAGAAGAAGCCCUUCCAACUUACCAAACUCGAAUUAAUUCCACAGAAAAUUUCCAUGAUGAAAUGGGUGUAGAUAACACACCUUGGGCAAUUUGGACAAGGGCAUGGAGUGCAGAAGAAAACAGGCAUGGUGAUCUUCUCAAUAAGUACCUUUUCCUUUCUGGAAAAGUUGUCAUGAAACAAAUUGAGAAGACAACUCAAUACUUGAUUGGGUUAGGAAUGGAUCUUGGCCACGGGUAUGAUCCAUACCUUUUAACCAUUUACACAUCAUUCCAAGAAUGAGCAACAUUUAUUUCUCAUGGGAACACAGCCAAGCUGGCCAUGCAAUAUGGGGACAUAAAACUUGCCCAAAUAUGUGGCAUAAUAGCCUCAGAUGAGAAGCGCCAUGAAACUGCAUAUACAAAAAUAGCUGAAAAGCUUUUUGAGCUUGAUCCAAAUGAUAUGGUAAUAGCCUUUGCAAACAUGAUGAGGAGGAAAAUCUCAAUGCCAGCCCAUUUGAUGUAUGAUGGCCAUGACCAUAAUCUUUUUGAUCACUUUGCUAUGGUUGCAUCAAGGAUUGGGGUCUACACGGCUAGGGACUAUGGAGAAAUUGUGGAACUUUUGGUGGCUAAAUGGAAGGUAGAGAAGCUUACUGGACUUACAAGUGAGGGUCAAGAAGCCCAGGACUAUGUAUGUAGGUUGGCUCAAAGGAUGAGAAGGCUUGAGGGGAGAGCUAUAGCAAAGGCCCAAAAAGCACCCAGUAUUCCUUUCAGCUGGAUUUCUGGUAGAGUGGUGUAGCUAGAUUUGAUGGGUUCUAUUUUACUUGCUUUUUUUGUGUGUGGAUAAUUUAAAUAUUAAAAUAAUUGGGGAGGGUGGUUUGAAGCUUAGUUCUCUUUAUAAUAAUUCCACACAAUGUCACUCUGCUACAAAUGAA